GGUUGUUAGACCAAGGUGUUUGUGUUCCGGCAUUUUGAAAAGUGCGACUUCAGUCACUCUAUCUUCAGCAAGAAUGGAUAUCGAAGACACAAUACCUAGAAAAAAACGAAAGAUGUCUAAAGAAUGCUGUGGGGAGAGUAAUCAUGAACUCACGAGGGUCACACAAACUGAAGAAAAAUCCAGAAAACGUCGCUCAAACAGGAUAUCACAAGGCUGUGAAUCUUGUGAAUCUAAGACCGAAAAGCCACUGGUGUUGACCAAAAAGGAAGUGUGCUCACCAUCAGAUGCGGACAAAGAUUGCAAUGAUCAAGAAAUUCAAAGAACAACAGAGGAUAUAGCUGUAAGUAAUGACAGUCUAGGGAAACUACGAAGAGGUCCGUUGAUACGAUAUGAUCAAGAACAAUAGUUGAAGACUGCUAGAUGAACAGGAUACUGUCAUUCCAGAUAUUUUCAUAUUACAGUUUUUCAGCAAGGUCAAAACUUAUGGCUGAUGGUUAAUUUAAUGUGCGCGACUUUUUAGCUCACCGUUCGUCAACUUUUUGUUUAAACAACUUCUUGUGAAGAUCCGAAAGUCCUUCAGUCAUGGUAUUUGGCAAAUCACAAUCUAGGAUGGAGCCCGACAAAGUUUGCGCACACCCACCCACAUGUUUCUCUGUCUGAAGCCAUCGGAUGUUAUCCACUGAUUAAAUCGACGAAUUAAAAGAAAACGUUUUUCGAAUGUGUGUUUAUCUAAAAUUAAGAGUUAAACCCCGUUCAUUGCUGGGGCGUGCACAUCCACUCGUGUCCGCACAACAAGCUUGUGCUGCUACACCAAGUACAAACGUUCGGUAUUACUAAUGUAUUAUAACACAGUUUGUAAGUAAUAUAUUAUAGACCGUUUAUACCUAGAUUAUCUAUUUGUCAGUUAUCUUAAAUACUGUAACACCUCUGAGCUAAUGCUAUUACAUCACUCUUACGAUUAUCCGAUAUGGGAUAACUUUUUUUUUCUUCCAACAGAAACAUACAUAUACA